UGCGACCUCGUUUGCGAGUUCGCUUGUCGCCAGCGCUCGUGAAGCUGGGCUGGCGCACACUCGCAUGCUUUUCCUUCGUUCUGCGGGAGAAAGGCCGUCUUUUUUCCCCGAUCAGCUACAGGUGUUCAGUUCGCGUUCCGCGGAGAUCCCGCCAAGCGAGGAAAACCUUUUUUCGCUGUUUAUGGUCUUUACUCUUCAACAGGGUUAGGAGAGCAUCUAGGGGGUCACAGAGUUACUCUCUGCGCGACCUGCCGAGCACACCGAUCUCCUGCAACGUCCUCCCCGGCCGCGAGGAUUUUUCCUGAGACGGGACAGUGGCAAUCGCAAGCAUUUCUGGGGAAUUCUUUUCCUCUUCUAGAACAAAGUCGCCUCGCAUUUCUCGAAGGAAGCUGUGGGGGAGGACCCCUCUGUUCUUUGCGGGUAUUUUUAAACCGGCGCAACAGCCGAUCGAGGACGUUGUGUCUCUCGCUGCUCCGUGACUUUCCUCGUUGGCACUCUAGGCACCUCGUUUUCAGCUGCUUCUAGAAAGCAAGUAAUGUUUUCUACAGAUUUUUCGGGCAUUUCAGUGUGCGGAGCCAAGUCUUCUGGAUGAGUCGUUCUCCAGGGACCAUGAAGUCGCCGGGGAAAGCGAGAGAGAUCGACGGAAGCGCCGCCUUUGCGAGAACGUGGAUGCGGUGAACAAAGACCUCCAAGAUUCCGUUAGGGAGAGCGACAGCCCCCAAAGGAAUAGAGUGUCUGCGAAGAAGGCUCGGAAGGCGAAGAAAACAAAGACGACCCCGUGAACAAAGUAGAGAACUUGCAGGUGAACGGACACGGCGAGUUUCCUCUUGCGUUCAAAAGGCGCUGGAACAGAAAGAGGCCAAGACAAAGCAGGCUUCGAUUCCACGAAUCAAGUGCAGUUGUCGGUGUGCUUCUCUCCUGUUUUCUAAGCGCACAUUGCGACCUCACAGUGUCGGCGUCUUUCUUCACUGUUUUCCCCCCGUUCUACUCGUUUUCUUCCUCUGUUCUUCCUUCUCUUCGUCUCCUUCGUUCUUUCAUUCUUCUCCUUCUCUUUCUUCUUCUUCUCUUCCUUCUUCUCCUCCCUCUUCUUCUUCUCUUCCUUCUUCUCUUCCUUCUUCUCUUCCUUCUUCUCUUCCUUCUUCUCCUCCCUCUUCUUCUUCUCCUUCUUCUCUUCCUUCUUCUCUUCCUUCUUCUCCUCGGGUCCCUCGAGGAUGGACGCUCCGGACAUGAGGCGGGGAGCUCGUUGGUCGUCGGACUCUGUCGCUUCCCCCUCGGGUGGUGGCUCUUCCGAAGCCGGCAAGAAGGAGGACGGGGAGGCUGGGGAUCCUUCCUCUGCCUCGCUUGCAGAACGAAGAGACGGCCGCGCCUUCAGCGGCGCAGAGACUUGCGGGAGGCGAGGGGACGCGCUUCUCUCGCGCUUCCGCGGCUGGCUGUGGAGACAGCCAGCGAGAGAAGAGAUCUCGAAGCGGCCGGGAGGGCAGAGGGAAGAGCGCGAACUCGGCCGGCUCUUGCCUGCAUGCGAGACGCCCAGGUCGAGUGAGUCGAAGGCGUGCAGUCCCCACAAAAAGGGCAACCUGCUCAAGAGAGAUCGCCAGACCGAUGCAGAGCGGUGGGGACGAAGUCGAGGCGUGUCUUUCUCCUUCAGAGACGUCCAAUGCAGCGUCCGCUUCGCCGGCCCCGACGGAAAAAAACAGAAGAAAACGAUUCUGUGGCCGAUCUCGGGCGACUUUCCUCCAGGAAGCGUCGUCGGAAUUCUCGGACCCUCUGGAAGUGGAAAGACGACGCUUCUUGACGUCUUGGCGAGUAAAAAAGUCCCCAAGGCCUACACCGGCGAGAUCUUUGUCGACGGCAAGAAACGAGAGGAUAAACGCUUCAAAGCUCUCUCCAUCUACGCUCCUCAGGAAAACAUUUUCAAUGGAAACGAAGAGGUUCGGGAAGUGCUGGCUUUCGCUGCGGCUCUGAAGUCGGGUCGUUCGAAGGAGGAUCAGAAGAGGCUGGUGGACGCAACUCUUUCUUUUCUCGGUCUUGAGCGCGUUGCUACUCAACGCGUUGGAAACACCGUCGUUCGGGGCAUCUCCGGAGGCCAGAAGCGUCGUCUCGUCAUCGGCCGCGCAUUGGUCACCAACGCGAGUCUCGCCUUUUGCGACGAACCGACUUCAGGCCUGAGCUCGACGGACGCAGAGGCGCUGAUGCUUGGCAUCAGGGAAGUGGCGAAGGCCUGUCGCGUCACCUUCCUCAUCGUUAUCCACCAGCCGCGUGUGGAAGUCUUUGAGCUUUUCGACGAGGUUAUUCUCCUCGCACAAGGCCGGUGUCUGUACAACGGCCCACGGUCCCAGAUGGAAGCAUACUUCUCUGCCCUAGGCUUUCCUCUUCCACCCUACGUGAAUCCGGCAGAGUUUUACAUGGAGCUCACCGCGCACGACGCGACUGUGGAGCAACUCGCGACCGCGUACGCCUCGAGAGCGGAGACAGGUGUCUCCUCGCGCCCAGAGGCGGCGGCUUCGGGCUCCCUGCUGGAGGACGCGCAGAGACAACAGCGAGAAGAGCUGGCGGAGGAGGUCGACGGUGCCGACGCGGCAGACGAAGAGGAAAGAGGCGAACACCUUGUGGAAGAAAACGAAGAAGACGAAACGCCGAACAGUCGAAGAGAAUCUACAGCAGCGUCUCUCGCAGGCAUGCACGCGCUCGUGACGGCACUUCACGACGAUCCUCGAUCGAUGCAUCCACUCCCGGGAUUCUUCGGACGGUUCAUGAUUUUGACGCGUCGCAAUGUGACGCUGGCGUGGCGAGAUCGAAAUGUUGUCUUCAUGGUUGCAUGCAACGCCCUGCUCGUUGCAAUGCUCGCGUCCGUCCUCUUCUUCAACGUCUACCAAGAAAAAGCCAUCAUGUAUCACCUGUCGGUCUUCUUCUUGGUUUCGCUUUCUCUGGCAAGCAUCCCGGCGGUGAACAUGGCGAUGUAUCUCGAAAAGAAGGUGUCUUAUCUCUACGAGGCCUCCGACGGCUUUUACACCGCGGGGCCGUACCUUCUGUCUGAAAUGACCACCGGCUUCCUGAUGCUGCUGGGCGCGACGCUUCUGGUCUUCGUCGUGGUCUUCCCCUGCUGCGCCUUUCCGUUUUCCAAAUUCGGGAUGGUCUUUCUGCUCUUCAUUCUUUUUCUUCUCGUGGUGGACGCCGUCAUGCAGCUCGCUGCUGCCAUGUGCGCCACUUUCAUUAUGGCGAGCACCUUCGCGGGCGGCUGGCUGGCGUUGACUUCCGUUGUGAAUGGGUACAACGCAAAUCCCAAGUCGAUGCCUGCAUGGCUCACGUGGCUGGUGUACCUCUCGCCCUUCUACUACCUCAUGGAUGGUGUGGCGAUUGUCCUCUGCUGGGAGAACCAAGAUCUUUUCGGAACUCCAGAAAAAGCAGCGAAAUAUGGAUACACCAGUUGUGAAGAACUUCUGAAGGCUUACGGGUUUGCUGGGACCCUCGGGGGAAGCUCCCUGACUCCGCCACAGUGGCUCUGGUCUGUGGACGUCCCAGUUUUGUGCUUAAUGACUGUCGGCAUGAAGACGUUCGCCUGUUUUUACCAGGCGUACUGUGUCCGGCUUCGUCGCUGAUCGAGCUCAAAAGCUCGCAGGCUUUCUCCAGUCAACUCUGUCUCUCUCUCGCUUGCCUCUCCGUGUGACAGAUGCUGGUCUCCUCAGUGCACUGCUACUUCGCCCGCUAGGGAGGUGUGCCUGACGUGGUGUGUCAAGCAGUAAACGGCUGCACCGACUUGUUUUGUUUCGUUAAAAGGCACAACGCUUUCGGAAAACUGCGCUUGACUGCGACACCGUGGACACGGCAGUAAACACAGCAACGUUUGAUGGAAACCAACCGAUGUGUCGCGAACGCCUCUAGAGAAAGGCCAGCGACGAAGAACGGCUCAC